GAGUCAACGUAAUUGUAAUAUUGAAGUUUAUAAAAGUAUUUGUUUUAAAUUUACUACAAGUGUGGUGAUAAAAAAUAAAAAAUGUCAGAUUUGGGCGAGUGGUUUAGGAGUGUUCCUAUUUUUACAAGAUAUUGGUUUGCUGGUUCAAUAUUAUUCACACUUUUAGGGAGAUUUGGUUUCAUAAAUCCAUACAAUUUAAUUCUGCUAUAUGAACCUUUAAAAAGUUUUCAGUUAUGGAGGCUUGUUACAAGUGUUUUAUAUUAUCCAAUUCAACAAGCUGGUUUUCACUACCUCAUCAAUUUAUAUUUUUUGUAUAAUUAUUCCAGACGUUUGGAAGAAGGUCAGUAUGCAAGCAAACCAUCCGACUAUCUGUUUUUGUUGAUUUUCAACUGGACAUGUUGUGUUAUACUUGGAUUAGUAGCUGAAUUACCCAUCCUGAUGGACCCCAUGAUUCUGUCUGUUUUAUACAUCUGGUGUCAGUUAAAUAAAGAAACAAUUGUGUCAUUUUGGUUUGGAACACGAUUUAAAGCAAUCUACCUUCCCUGGGUAUUGCUAGCUUUCAACUUGGUCCUAAGUGGAGGAGGUAUUAUGGAACUUUUUGGUAUAUUAGUAGGACAUUUGUACUAUUUCCUAAUGUACAAAUACCCUCAAGAAAUGGGUGGUCCUGUACUUAUCCAAACACCUUCAUUUUUAAAAUCUCUUUUCCCUGAUCAAGUAGGAGGCGUCCAUGGAUUUGGAGUAGCACCAGAACGACCUGCCACAAGAGGCACUGCUAGACCAGGAGGAGGAAUUUUUGGUGGCCAUAAUUGGGGUCGAGGAUAUACUCUAGGGGGAAAUUAGUCAUAGUUUUUUUGAAGUGUAAGAGAAUGUGUGAAUAUAAUUAAAGUUAACUGCUACUUACUUGUUAAUUUAUAUAAAUAAAUAUAUAUAAGUACU